UCCAGUUAGGAUCCUUGAUGCCGGAGGGGCUAGUGGUAGGUGGGGAGGUUGAGUGCAAAGGGUUCAGGCUGUAAGUCAUGUCGGGUUGGAAUGGGGGCACAGGCAGGUGGGGCUGUUGGGGAGCCACGCUCAGAAGCCGGGUGUCUGUAGCAGAGCCAGAGAACCGGGACCGUGAAGCGGGUGCUGAAGGGGGCGACUCUCAGGGAUCGGGCCGGGGUCCCCGAAGGUGGGAUCGACUAGGGUAGGAGACAGAAAAAAAAGGAGAGCAGCGGGUGAGGGCGAAAGCAGGGCCGGGGAGAGAGCACUUUGGACAGAACCCGGCCGGGAAAGGGCGGCGCCGAGGCUGGUCAGGGGCGCCCCGCAGCGUCCCAGGCGCACCUGUUGGGAAGAAGGGAAGGGGCAUCCCGGUGUUCGAGGGAAAUCCAGUCCGGAGGGGCUGAUUCGGAGCUUGGGACUCCCGGGGAGCCACCGCCUCCUCCCCAGCGGCGGUCAAAACCGGGCAAGCGAAGGGGCGUGACCCUGGUGCUCAGGUUUCUUCCUCCUCACCUGGGCAAGGAGGGGUGGGGGCCACGACUUCCGGUUCAGGUGAGUGUCCCUUCGGUGACGUCAGGUCACCCUCGGCCGCCCCUCCGGUCCCGCCUUCCCCUCCCGCGCUCCCGGGGCCCGCGGGCCGCGCCCCCGACGCCCUAUAUAUACUCAGGUGCGCCCCACCUGUCCGCCCGCACCUGCUGGCUCACCUCCGAGCCACCUCUGCUGCGCACCGCAGCCUCGGACUAACAGCCCAGGAUACUUUGGGACUUGCCGGCGCCCAGAACCGCGCCCAGACGGCCCCUCCACCUUUUGUUUGGCUAGGGUCGCCGAGAGCGCCGGAGGGAACCGCCUGGCCUUCGGGGACCGCUUUUGUCUGGAACCACCCUCCCGGCGGAUCCUAUUCCCUCUGCUGCGAGGCCUUCGCUUCACUGGAGGGGUCGAUUUGUGUGUACUUCGGUGACAAGAUUUGCAUUCACCUGACCCAAACUCUUUUUGUCUCUUUGGGUGACCGGAAAACUCUACCUCAAGUUUUCUUUCGUGGGGCUGCCCCCCAAGUGUCGUUUGUUUUACUGUAGGGUCUCCCGCCCGGCGCCCCCAGUGUUUUCUGAGGGCGGAAAUGGCCAACUCGGGCCUGCAGUUGCUGGGCUUCUCCAUGGCCCUGCUGGGCUGGGUGGGUCUGGUGGCCUGCACCGCCAUCCCGCAGUGGCAGAUGAGCUCCUAUGCGGGCGACAACAUCAUCACGGCCCAGGCCAUGUACAAGGGGCUGUGGAUGGACUGCGUCACGCAGAGCACGGGGAUGAUGAGCUGCAAAAUGUACGACUCGGUGCUCGCCCUGCCCGCGGCUCUGCAGGCCACUCGAGCCCUAAUGGUGGUCUCCCUGGUGCUGGGCUUCCUGGCCAUGUUUGUGGCCACGAUGGGCAUGAAGUGCACACGUUGUGGGGGAGACGACAAAGUGAAGAAGGCCCGUAUAGCCAUGGGUGGAGGCAUAAUUUUCAUCGUGGCAGGUCUUGCCGCCUUAAUAGCUUGCUCCUGGUAUGGCCAUCAGAUUGUCACAGACUUUUAUAACCCCUUGAUCCCUACCAACAUGAAGUAUGAGUUUGGUCCUGCCAUCUUUAUUGGCUGGGCAGGGUCUGCCCUAGUCAUCCUGGGAGGUGCACUGCUCUCCUGUUCCUGUCCUAGGAAUGAGAGCAAGGCUGGGUACCAUGCACCCCGCUCUUACCCUAAGUCCAACUCUUCCAAGGAGUAUGUGUGACCUGGAAUCUCCUGGCCCCAGCCUGACAGGCUGUGGGCGUGUCUAGAUGCCUGAAAGGGCCUGGGGCUGAGCUCAGCCUGUGGGCAGGGUGCCGGAUAAAGGCCUCCUGGUCACCCUGUCCCUGCACUCCAUGUAUAGUCCUCUUGGGUGGGGGGUGGGGGGUGUUGGUGGGAGAGACAAAAAGAGGGAGUGUGUGCUUUUUGUACAGUAAUAAAAAGUAAGUUUUGGGAAGCAG